UUUGCCACUUGUACCCGAGUCUGAGAUCAUCAACAUGUCGGAGACCGCUCCAGCUGCUCCUGCUGCCGCACCCCCGGCGGAGAAAACUCCAGUGAAGAAAAAGGCUGCCAAAAAGCCUGCUGGAGCGCGCCGUAAGACGUCUGGACCUCCUGUGUCCGAGCUCAUCACCAAGGCUGUGGCUGCUUCUAAGGAGCGCAGCGGGGUGUCCCUGGCUGCGCUCAAGAAGGCGCUGGCAGCAGCGGGCUACGAUGUGGAGAAAAACAACAGCCGCAUCAAGCUUGGCCUCAAGAGUUUGGUGAGCAAAGGCACCCUGGUGCAGACCAAGGGCACUGGCGCCUCCGGCUCCUUCAAACUCAACAAGAAGGCGGCCUCUGGGGAAGCCAAGCCCAAAGCCAAGAAAACGGGUGUGGCCAAGCCCAAGAAGCCAGCAGGCGCGGCCAAGAAGCCUAAGAAGGCGACUGGCGCUGCUACGCCUAAGAAGAGCGCCAAGAAGACCCCGAAGAAGGCGAAGAAACCGGCGGCGGCUGCUGUAACCAAGAAAGUGGCCAAGAGUCCCAAGAAGGCUAAGGUUGCCAAGCCCAAGAAGGUCAAGAGCGCAUCUAAGGCUGUUAAGCCUAAAGCUGCCAAGCCCAAGGUUGCUAAGCCCAAGAAAGCUGCAGCCAAGAAGAAGUAAGCUGUUCUUGCUUCUCUAACCCAAAAGGCUCUUUUCAGAGCCACCACUAAACUCAAAAAAUGAGCUGUGACCUUGCACUUGCACUAUCUGUCUACACAUUUUUGGGGGAGGGGACUUUUGAGAGACUGGAGUGUUACGGUUGCUUUUGAUGUUACUCGGCACCGCGUUAAAGGGGGUUGCUGUGUUCUGACCUCCCUCUUGGGAUUGCGGGUGGCUUCUUUCCGUGGUGCCAUUGGGUUGGUCAGGCUGGCUGGUGUCCUUCUGCUAGCCGCCACCCCUUACCCGUAUUUGUGAGCACAAACAACCACAAUGGAAGCAAGCCAAUUUUUAAGUCUUAAGGCUUGGGCUGAAAGGGAGUUCGAAAGUUCCGCCCUGCCUUCCGGUUGGUCCACUGCUUCCGCCCAUGACUUAGAUUCUGUCUUUAACUGCAGAGUAGUAACCUAAGUUGCAUUUCCCUGUUUUUCUUCGGUAGGGUUGAAAGUGCCGUUUUCCCUCAGUGGGGAGAUGUGUGGCGUUUCGGGUUCUUUGCUUGUGGAUAGACCUUGUUUGUCCCGAAGUUGGUGGGCGAUGGAGGUGUGAGGAGGUAGUAACAUUGAGUGCUGGGCUAUUGCCGGUGCUUGUUUUGCGUUCCUUGUUGCAUUUAAACAGCAAUAGCUGCGGAAAGGACCCUUCUGCCUAGGACAGUUCUGGUCCAGGGGUAGUUUUCUCCUGUCCUGCAGCUGGUCUGCAAGGGUACGAUGAAUUGGAGUGCGUCAAAAACAACUUUCGGUCAGCCAUUUUGUUUUGCCGUGACGAUCACCGAUCCUCGCUUAUAGAUAGAUUCCAACUUCUAAGAAGAGAAGUUUUAGUUUUUUUCCCCUUUGGUGCAUUACAAAUGUUUCUAUGCAGAAAAUAGUUGGUUAGCUAUUGAAAGUGUGGCUGAGAAGCAUGUUUCUCCUAAUAAAAUAACUUAGUUUUCGUCGACUUU